AUGGAGAAGUUGGGUGUCAUAUCAAGAAGUUGGGUGACGUAUGGAGAAGUUGGGUGUCGUAUGGAGAAGUUGGGUGUCGUAUGGAGAAGUUGGGUGUCGUAUGGAGAAGUUGGGUGUCGUAUGGAGAAGUUGGGUGUGUAUGAGAAGUUGGGUGUCGUAUGGAGAAGUUGGGUGUCGUAUGGAGAAGUUGGGUGUCGUAUGAGAAGUUGGGUGUCGUAUGGAGAAGUUGGGUGUCGUAUGGAGAAGUUGGGUGUCGUAUGGAGAAGUUGGGUGUCGUAUGGAGAAGUUGGGUGUCGUAUGGAGAAGUUGGGUGUCGUAUGA